AUGGAUGCCCGCAUGCAAGCCCCACAAGUUCGUUUGAUUUCUUUAUGAUAAUUUUUUGGAAAGAAAAUGUUUUCAAUGAUGAUCUUGAUUUUUUUCGAGUUUGAUGCAGCCUCUUUGAAAAACUGUUGGCGAUUAACUUUGGAUUAGAGGAUCGAAGUUUCGAAAUCGGUCUUAUAUAAAACUUGAACGUUAUUGCUGCACUCCUCAGAUUUUUCGAGACGAUUCGAGAUGAGAUUUCGUCUCGGAAUGUCUCGAAAAACUCCUCGUCCACUGUCGAGAUGCAGAUUUAAUCUACCUUAAUUUGAGCUUUUUCUUGCUCUGCUAUUUUUCUGCUUCUCCCAGCUAAAAACAGGUUCUCAGAGACUUGAAAACUUCAAAAGAUGAAAAACUUUUUUGGCUUUUGUAGGUUUCUGUUGAUUUUUUAGCAAAAAUUUGGGCCAUUUCAAUAAAAACAUCACCCUCAAACUGGAAGGAAAAACCUUGCCGACAGCCAAUUUAUCUGUCCCAACCUGGAAAAAAACGACUUUAAAUGGACGAUUAGACUUUUCGAAACUGUUUAGGAAUGAAAAAAUGGAGCAGAAUUUGCGUUUGAAUUCAAAAACCUUAGCAACCUUAGCGUUACCUGAGCUCCGAAAAUGUCACUCCGAAAAUUCCUAUCUUUAAAAAUGGAAUUUCGUUCCCAAUAUAUUUAAAUGUAGAUUUUCAGGGCCAAUAUUCAAGUAUUUACAAUAAUUCACAAAAAUAUUUACAAAAAAAUUCACAACAAAAAAAUAAUUUCCAAUUUUCAGCUCCCUCCAAGAUCCGUCGGCACCCAAACCGACCAGGUGGGAUUUUUUUCCCUCAAGUUAUGGAAAAGAAGAGAUAGCAUCAGCGUUGCAAAAAUAGGAAAGAAGAGAAGAAAUGUCGCAAUUUUUUUCGUGAAACUUGAAUUUUCUAGUAAAUUUGUUCUUACUAAGUAAAAGAAGAAGCUGAGCGUUCAAAAAUGGACUCAGGCUCUUUCGACAAUUUCUUUUCGAACUUUUUUUAUAAAUUUAUUUUAAUCAGUUUCCUUCAAAUUUUAUAAGUCUUCAAUAAAAAUUAAAUUUCCAGAAACUGAUAUAUUUUUUUGAGACCUAAGUUCUCUAAUUUUUUAACACCACAAAUUUUUUCCUGAAAAAGUCACUUCGAAAAAUCUUCAAAAUCGGAAAGUUGUCAAGGAAUUGUUUCAAAAACAUGAAAAGAAUUUCGUUUUUUUCAUGGAAAAAAUUCAGACAAAAAAUAUUAGAUAAGAAUGAAAAAAACAGAAAACUUUUUAAUGAUCAUCUAUUUAGGAGUUGUGGGUUUUUGACGAGAUCCUGGUCCACCGAGAAGGCCAGGAUGCGGAGAUGUUCUUUGAUGCCCCGGUAAGACUUUCAAGCUUCUUUCACAUAAAUACUAGCUUCGACUGAAUUUUGAUGGAGAAAGUUCGAAAAUCUUAGAGACUUUGAAUUUUCAUAUCUAUUUCUCCUUAUUUUAAGAAUAAAAACUUUCAAAUAAAAAUUAUUGUUAACUGAAAAAUUUAGGAAGCCCGUGAGAGCCACGACUCGGGCAACCAGACGGAGGUGAGCCUUCUUUCUUCUUUUCAUCAACAAAACUGAAUACCUUAAUUUUGCGAGAAUCCAAGCUUCUAUUUUGUAAAAUAGCUCGCACUUACCUUUUCGUAGACACAUGGGGAAGCUCUCAUGCAUCAGAAAGAACAGCCGAAAAAAUGAAAAAAUGGCGAGAGUUGGACACCUGAGAAUAUAAAAGUUGAUGCGUUUCAGCACAUAACGAAUAUCAUAAAGCUUUCUAAAACUAUUUUUGACCACACCAAAAAUAAAGAAAAUUUUCAGCGCGUCCAGGAGCGAGUGGUGGACCGUGCUUUGGACGAACACCAACGGCGUAUCCGGUUCUAUCUGGAUACGCUCAAGGCGCGGACACAGCACGGAGGUACAGAACAAUUUUAGAAAUACUAGCCUUUCUCACGAUUCUCAACUAACUCAACUAAUCUAAUUUUUCAAGCUUCCAGCAAAAAAACGGUCUUCAAGAUAGGCUGCAAAGCUUCUGGAAACUUCGAUAUUUGUAACUUCCGCUUACGAUAAGAAAGACGAAAAAUCCGUUCAAAAUAAGAAAAAAAAAAUCUUUUUCUAGGAGUUGAUUAUUAAUAAUAGGUAGGACUUUUUUGAUCAAAUACAGAGAAUUUCGAGAAUAAAACUUUUUACAUAAUCAAAAAUAAAAUUAAACUGUUUGAUAAAAAAAAAAAUGAGAUCCACAUCAGUAUCUGACUCUGACAGGGCUUAAUCUCUGAGUGAUUCCAUCGAGAAUAAAUAAUGAAAGAAUAAAACGGAUUUGACAACUUUUCGCCCUUUUUCAGCUAAUAUCAAGUCUGUCAACUAUUCAAAAUUGACCCAACAAUGGAAAAAAAAACAGCCAGACCAGGGAGAAAUGAAUUGAUGAGAAAAAAAUAUAAGCUCUUUUCUAUAUACUUUUUUUUCAUAAACUGAAUAUACAAAGCUUUUGGAGUGUGCUAACCUCGAGAACCGGAUAUAGUUUUUUUUAUUCAGCAUAUCCUAAAGUUCCCUUUAGCGAAGUAUCAGCAUAAGUUCAACCGGGCCUGAAAAACGUUCCCUAGUGAGAAAUAAAAAAAAUCAAUAUCACAUAUCAACAAACAUUUAAAACCUUUUUUUCAGCCCCACUCAGAGCGAUGGACGCCGGUGUUGGAACCGACGAGUCGUGGGCAGAGGAAGAGGCGAAGAAGGAGAAGCUCGAAAGAGAGCUCAAAGAAAGGAACGAGGAGAUGAAGUAUGAAUUUCUCAGAAGUCUAAAUAAGAACUGAAUAAAUUCAAAAAUACAAAUGAGUCUUAUACAGAGAAAAAAAAAGAAUCAUUCGAUUCUGAAACAUAACCGAUUUUUCGAAAGACCGAUAUUCACAUAAAAAAAAAGAUACUUCUUUUUCAAAAAUGUCGGUUUUUUAUUUGUAGAACUGGACCGUAUCGUCCAAAAGCGUUAUCAUCUUGGAGUAAAGAAAUUUUUUCGAACUGCAAGAAGUUUCAAAAAUGUUGAACAGAGGAAACAUUCUGAUAGAAAAAGUGGUGAAAGAAUUAUUCAGUCGCGAUUUUGAGCAAGUGAAUCAUCAAAGUGAGAAGAAACCAAGCUGAGAAAAAAAUUCAGGAAAAACAAAAUUGAAGUCACCAAACGAAACCUCUCAAUCAAUUCAAUAUUAUUAUAGGGAAGAAAAGGAGAAGUUGAUGAAGGCCAAUGCCGCGAAUGGACGUCUGACGGCGCACCUCGCCCAGACGUCGCUCGAACUGGGGUCGACGUUGGCCAGAGGUCAUUUCUCUUUUUCAUGAAUUUAUUAAUUAAAUCAUUUGCAGAAGAGCUCCUGCGCCAAGAAGUCCUACUUCUUCGCGCGCGGCUCGCCGAAGCCGAUGAGGAGAGAGUGCGGCUGGCUGCCCUACUCCAGGUUACUGAAAAACUAUAGAAUAAUCACCUGUAUAAGCUUGGGAGAAAUUCUACUAUUUUUUUCAACCCAUGAAUGAAAAAACAAUAGUGAAUAUAAAAAUAAAUGAAUAGAGCGAUAAAAGAGCUCUCCAAAUAGUCCUUGAGGAGAAAUUUUGACAAAGUAAAACUUGACGAGGAUUUUUGAAAUAUGAACUUGGUGAAAGGAAGUACUUUUUCUGGAGCCCUACGUAAAUUUUACGUUUGUUUUUUAAUUGAACGAAUUAUCAUAAAUCAAUAAAUAUAAUGCAGUUAAUCUCAAUUCGCAUGGUUGAGCUUAUAAAAAAGAAGAAAAUAUUCAAUUUGAAUAAAUUUAGGCCGCCGUACAGGCCAUCGACAUCCCCGUCGAACCGGAGCUGGUGAGAUUUCCUUUUGAAAUAAAAUUUAUCCAGUACUAGUUGCCAUGAAAUUGUAAAGGAUCUAUUCCAAAGAGUUCAAAUUCCUAGUUAGAUUCGAAAUCAGACUUUUUUCACAUUUUCCGUUUUACAAUAAGACUUGGAAUUCAAAAAUAUAUAUUCGAACAUUUUGCUAAAUAACCAACGAAAUGAAUAAAUUAAGGCCGCCGACGUCCAGCAGCAAGAAGACGAAGUUGAGCAUCUUCUCCGCCCUGACGUGAGGAUUUCUUUAAUGAAUCUCUUUUUUUUUGCGAAGUUGGAAAGAAGCUUUCGAGCCCUAUGGGCACUGCACUGUUUGAAAAAAAACGCCUUUAACAAUCUUUCCGAGAAAAUUCAAAUCUCUGUCGCGACAUGAAAUCAGCUCUUCGAUAACUCUUCUCUGAAAAUUGUAAAGUUCUGUGGGAAAAAAGACAAUCAAAAUCUUCAACUAGCUUUAGCUCACGAAUUUCAAAUAAGCUUCCAUUCCAAAACCUUCAAGAAAAAGAUUACUAGGGAACUACGCGACCUCGUAUUCACGGAUCGAGUCCAAACUGGGGUGGUUUAAAGAUCGAGGUAAAUGUACUUGAAAACAGGCAACAUCAUCUGCUAAACCCAAUGAGAUACCAAGUAAAAGCUUUUUGAAAAUGGCUUGAAAAUUAUCAAAUUCCUGUUUUCCUCCUUCUUUUGACUGGAAAAAAAGGUGUUUAGGGUUCAUCAUAGCCAGAUCAUUUAGGCGAUUGUAUAGAAAUAUAAAAGGAGAUAAAAGCAGUAUCUUAAGAAUUUUCAGGCAAUCUGCACUUUUUCUACGAAUGUUUUUUUUCAACUGCGAAGACUUUUAAGUAACAAUAACAUUUAGAAGUAACAAGAAAGCUUCAGGCUCUGUUUCGAAUUCUCUCUGAGCCGUUUCAAUUCAUUGUGAUUUUCUUUUUUAUAUUUUCUAAUUUUUUCAAUAUAAUAUCAAAAUUAGUCAAAAACCAUUUCUCCAACCAAAUCAUAAUAAAACGGCUGUUUCUAAAACAUAAAAGCUUUCGAAAUCAAAAAAGGUUCAGACUUUUCAGGCUUUCAUUGAAUUACUUUCAACGAGUUAUGUAAUUUUUUUAUUGUUAUUGAACUGAAAUAAUGAUAAUCCUUGAUAGUUUUUUUCUUUCAAAAAUAUGUGGAAAAGUUCGAAUGCUAUUUAGUUUUGCAAAGAUAUUUUCAAAAGCUUUUCAAACUGAUACUUCUUUGUGUAAAGCUUUCGCUAAUCGAAUCAGUGUACCUGAGAAUUUUCGAUUGAAGGUAAAUUGAUCUGGCGUUGUGGUUUCUGAAAAUGAGAUCGGGAUUAAAGAAAUGGGAAAAAUUGGCUCGAACUUCCUAUUCCUUUGAAUAAAAUCAGGGCUACGGAAAGAGUUCAUAGACUUGAAAGAGAAAGAAAAAAAGGUUUACGGAUCAUUUUUAUUCUUCCGAUUGAAAAAAUAAAAGAAAAACAACUUUAGAUGGACCAGGCCAGUCCCAGGAAGCGGAGAAGAAGCUCUUCUUCAUGCUCGGACGGCUCCUCUGUGAAGAGGUCCCGAAGUGGAGCCGAGAGCCCGGACGUCUUCCGGACGCCGGAACGUGGCGUCGAGCAUGCCAGAAAUGGUCAAGACGCCACUUCCGGCGAAGAAGAAGAAGAAGGAGAACGGGAGCCGCAGUUGGAAGAAGAGGACGAGGUCGUCCCGGAGAGCGACCAAGAAGAGCUCGCCGAGUCCUCUUCUUCCGGCCCACCAUCGCCGGCCCCGUCGUCCCCGCCAAGAUCCCUGCCCCCGGCGACGCCACCGAGGACGCCCACGCCGCCAGUUCAGCCAACGAGACGGGUUAGUUUAGGUCAUCAAUACUGAAAUGAGAGGAUCUUGAACCAUUCAGCCAGUGAGAAUCUAUAUGCAAAAAUCAUCCUAAACAGCUUUCUUUCUCGAUUCUCACAGUCUACUUGAUAACGCAGUUUUUUGCAUGAAAAGUGUUUGAAAUCAGAAAUUUCGAAAUCAAAAAAAGGAAAAAUUAUUUUCAUCGUUUUGUCUACGCCUGAGAUUUUCGCGCAUGAAUCUGAAAUGAAAAAAAGUUGAAAAUUGCUAAAUUAUAUACUUGAAAACCCUGCAAAGUUCCGAUUCAUUACUCCAUAGGAACUCAAAAAUAAGUAGAACAUGGUCCAAGUGAACUGAGAUAGAAUACGUUUAAAUUUAUCUGUAAAAAUAGGAAAUUACGCUUUUGAUAACAAAAAUAAUCACGAGUCUUUUUGAAAGAAAAGUUUGAAAUGAGGGUCUUUCGAUUAGAAAAAAAAAAGUUCACAACUUUUUCAAGAACAAAAGCUUAUUUUGCUAUUUUUUGAACUUAAAGCGGCUGUUCCAAAAGAAAGAUUAGAAGUAUUACUUUAAAUCGUAGGAAUAACAGAAAACCGGAAGCUCUGAUAAACUUUCAAUAAAAACUCUAGGAAAAUUAGCAAUGCUCUGUUAAAAAUCCAACAUUUAUCAAGUAGUUCUCCUUAACUUACCAGAGUAUCUCUAUUCCUUUAUAUUACCUUUUUUCUAAAUUAUCAAAAAACGAAGAAAAAAAAAUCAAUCAUAAUAAACAAAUUAUGAUUGUUUUUUGUUCAAUAUCAGAGAAGAAAAACAGUUUGAAAAAAUAAAAAUUAGAAAUAAACACCAACCUUUUUUUCUUCUUCAAACUCCAGCUGCUUGCGUUUUUCAUCUUCUUAAGAACUAAAAAGUUACAGUCUAGUCAAUGAUUUCGAAAAAAGAGUCGAAUCUGAAAAAUAAUUACGGAAAACGAAGCGACAUUCACAAAAUUCAAUGGAGAAAAAGCGAUUGUCGUUCCGAUUUCAAGCAAAAAUGCUUUAAAAAGUCGCAUAUAUAAUGAAAAAAAGUUCACAAAAUAUUUUUUUCGAAAACUAAUAAUUUUAACAUUACUUACAAGUGGCUAAGCUCAAUGAAUAAAACCUUUUGGAAAACGAAUAGCAUAAAACAAAAUUCAAACGAAUUGAUUAUUCUUUCAAUGAUUUGAAAAAAAACAAGAAUGAUAACCGCAAAAAAAUUAGAUUGGGUUGGUUUCAGUAGUUAUUUUGAAUAUAUGAAAACAAACGAUAUCUUUUCAGCAACGGCGCGCCCAGGCGGUCAUGGGGGUCCUCAAAAGGUCGAGCAGGAUCGGCAACACGCUCCCUGGCCCCCAGCCCAAGCCGCCGGUGGACGCUCAGCCGAUCCCGUUGGCCGUUCUGGCGCCGCUGACGGCCGCCGAAGUCGGCGCAACAAUCCAGACGAGGCUGGCGGACUACGACAGCGGGGUUUACAUCCAGAACCUCGCUGUCGUGGUCAAGUUGGGACGUUACCUCACGACGGCACGCAGACUCUCGAGGAACCUCCCGUCGUCCAUCAAGGACUUGCAAGACCUCGAGAGUCUGAAAGAGAGUCUCUCUCGCCAGUUCUGA